UCAGGCUCGCUGGUCAUGGGGCCGCGGUUCCUGGCGCUCUGGCGGCUGCUGGGGUUGCUGCUGCUGCUUCAACUACCGCCUCUACCGGGAGCCCUGCAUAGGGCGCGCUGCCCAGAGCCCUGCACCUGCGCGACCAACGGCGCCCUGAGCUGCCCUGGGCCACGGACUGGUCUCACUCGACUAUCACUCACCUAUCUUCCUGUCAAAGUAAUUCCAUCUCAAGCUUUCAGAGGACUUAAUGAGAUCGUAAAAAUUGAAAUCUCUCAGAGUGAUUCCCUGGAAAAGAUAGAAGCUAAUGCCUUUGACAACCUCCUCAAUUUGUCUGAAAUACUGAUCCAGAACACCAAAAACCUGGUUUACAUCGAGCCUGGAGCAUUUACACAUCUCCCCCGAUUAAAAUACCUGAGCAUCUGUAACACAGGCAUCCGAAAGCUUCCAGAUGUUACAAAGAUCUUCUCGUUGGAAUUUAAUUUCAUUCUGGAAAUUUGCGAUAACUUACACAUAACCACCAUACCAGGAAAUGCAUUUCAAGGGAUGAAUAACGAAUCCAUCACACUCAAACUAUAUGGAAAUGGGCUCCAAGAAGUACAAAGUCAUGCAUUCAAUGGGACGACGCUAAUUUCGCUGGAGCUCAAAGAAAACAUAUACUUGAAGAAGAUGCACAAUGGAGCCUUCCAGGGGGCCACAGGGCCUAGCAUUUUGGAUAUUUCUUCCACCAAACUGCAGGCCCUGCCAAGCUAUGGGCUGGAGUCCAUUCAGACACUAAUUGCCACGGCAUCUUACUCUCUGAAAAAAUUGCCAUCCAGAGAAAAAUUUACAAAUCUCCUGGAUGCCACGUUGACUUACCCCAGCCACUGCUGUGCUUUUAGAAACCUGCCAACAAAAAAACAGAAUUUUUCAUUUUCCAUAUUUGAAAACUUUUCCAAACAAUGUGAAAGCACGGUGAGGAAGUCAAAUAAUGAAACACUUUAUUCCGCCAUCUUUGCUGAGAGCGAGCUGAAUGGCUGGGACUAUGAUUAUGGCUUCUGCUCACCCAAGACCCUCCGAUGUGCUCCUGAACCGGAUGCAUUUAAUCCCUGUGAAGACAUUAUGGGCUAUGACUUUCUUAGGGUUCUGAUUUGGCUGAUUAAUAUUCUGGCCAUCAUGGGAAAUGCAACAGUCCUUGUUGUGCUCUUGACCAGUCGUUACAAACUCACAGUGCCCCGUUUUCUCAUGUGUAAUCUCUCCUUUGCAGACUUUUGCAUGGGGCUCUAUCUGUUGCUCAUUGCAUCGGUUGAUUCCCAAACCAAAGGCCAAUAUUAUAACCACGCCAUAGACUGGCAGACAGGGAGUGGGUGUAGUGCUGCUGGCUUUUUCACUGUGUUUGCAAGUGAACUUUCUGUGUACACCCUCACGGUCAUUACUCUAGAAAGAUGGCACACAAUCACCUAUGCUGUUCAGCUGGACCAAAAGCUGCGACUGAGACAUGCCAUUCCCAUUAUGCUUGCAGGAUGGCUCUUUUCUAUUUUAAUAGCUAUGUUGCCCCUUGUGGGUAUCAGCAACUACAUGAAGGUCAGCAUUUGCCUACCCAUGGAUGUGGAAACCCCUCUCUCACAAGUCUACAUAUUAAUCAUCCUGAUACUUAAUGUAGUGGCCUUCAUCAUCAUCUGUGCUUGCUACAUCAAAAUUUACUUUGCUGUCCAAAAUCCAGAGCUGAUGGCUACCCACAAAGACACAAAGAUUGCUAAGAAAAUGGCAGUCCUCAUCUUCACUGAUUUCACCUGCAUGGCACCAAUCUCUUUUUUUGCCAUCUCAGCAGCCUUUAAAGUGCCCCUUAUCACAGUAACCAACUCUAAAGUUUUACUUGUUCUUUUUUAUCCUGUCAAUUCUUGUGCCAAUCCAUUUCUGUAUGCAAUUUUCACAAAGGCAUUCCGAAGGGAUUUCUUUCUGUUGUUGAGCAAAUUUGGCUUCUGUAAACGUCGGGCUGAACUUUACAGAAGGAAGGAUGUUUCAGCUUAUACCUCCAACUGCAAAAAUGGUUUUGCUGGGUCAAAUAAACCUUCACAGUCCAGCUUGAGGCUAACUACAUUGCACUCUCAAUACUCAACAACACCAGAUAAGCCUUGCUGCAAAAAGUGUUAACUGUUGUAUGAGCAACCGCAUUGUUGAAUUGUACCGAAAUACGUAAAGACAUUUAGUUUUAAUAUAAAGGUUUGGUUUGAGAAAAUAAUUUAUUCUUACACACGAGGCAAUAUAUUGUUACCUAGUUCAAUGACUGUUGAAUAUCCAUUGCCAGUCUGAA